GAUAAUACGUUUUACGUUAAUUUUGUUAAAAAUGUAGAAGAGUAAAAUUUAUUUUGUGAUAUUAACAAAGUAACGGCGGUGCUCUAGCCUAAUUUAUAUGAUUCAUGCUUUAUAAAUGAUCUAAUGCAGUAAAGAAAUCAAUAAACCUUGGCAACACGGUUUUAUUACUGCAUUAGUGCAUAUAAUGAAAUUUUUCUAUUGUAUUGUAUUGUUUUUGGUGUAUAAAAUAUAGUCUUAGUGUAUGGGUGGACGUGAUUUAAGUUAUUACUAAUAUUUAUAGUAAUAGGAUUGCUCACUUUAUCAGGUAAAAUAUUCCAAAAAUAGGGCAAUUCUAAGAAAAAGCUGCAUAUUAUUAUUAAUUAUUGUCAGGCCUACAGCUGUCUGAGUAAAUCUUCUGUAUAUUUGACUCUACUGCCACCUAUAAUUUAUUAUUCCAGAAAAGCAAUAUAACAUCUUAAGGCAGUUCAUACAAUUUUCAUAAAAUUAUUUUAUUACAAGUUGCAGCUUUUACAAACAAUGGAAAGGAACUCCAUAAACCAAUUAUCAAAAAGUGCUUUAGUAAAUUCUAAAAGCAGCUUAAUUACAAAGCUUAGAGUUACUAGAGAAGCAGACUUUUAUAGCGAAAUCGCUCUCGACCACAAUAAUAUUGAAGUUAGUCGAAAUUUCUACAUUGGACUCUCAUUGGCCGUUAGUUCUAGUGUAUUUAUUGGAGCCAGUUUUAUCAUAAAAAAGAAAGGGCUUUUAAAGAUAAGUCGAGAAGGAAAGACUAGAGCAGGUUCAGGAGGAUAUGGAUAUCUGAAGGAAUGGCUAUGGUGGGCUGGAUUUCUAUCAAUGGCUGUUGGAGAAGGUGCCAAUUUUGCUGCGUAUGCAUUUGCUCCUGCCACUCUUGUUACACCUCUUGGAGCACUGAGUGUUUUAGUCAGUGCACUUCUUGCAUCAAGGUUUCUGGGAGAGAGACUUAACCUGCUUGGUAAAACUGGAUGUUUGCUCUGUGUUCUUGGAUCCACCGUUAUGGUAUUACAUGCUCCAAAAGAAGGUAACGUUGCCAGUGUAGAGGAACUUGGAGAAAAGUCUUUACAGUCUGGAUUUGUUAACUAUGUUAUAUUUGUGGUUGUAGUGAGCUUGGUGAUGAUCUUUUAUUGUGUUCCGAGGUAUGGUAAUUCCAAUGUAAUUGUCCAUAUUAUCAUCUGUUCCGUGAUUGGCUCUUUAUCAGUUAUGGGCUGCAAGGGUGUGGGAUUGGCUCUGCGUGAGACUGUUGCGGGUACAAACAAAUUCACACAAUGGAUAACCUGGUUUUGCAUCUUCUCUGUUGUAAUUUGCGUGACUGUCCAGAUGAACUACCUUAACAAAGCUCUGGAUCUCUUUAACACAUCUGUUGUUACUCCCAUCUAUUACGUCUUUUUCACUUCCUUCGUGAUUGUUGCAUCUGCUAUACUGUUUAGAGAAUGGGGAAAUAUGAGUACUCGAGACGUACUGGGUACUAUCUCGGGGUUUCUUAUCAUCAUCUGUGCCAUUUUUCUGUUGAACGGGUUCAAAGAUUGGGAUAUUAAUCUCGCAAGUCUCAACUCUUUGCUUCAGCGUAGAGAAGGUCCACCAGUUAUGAUCCAUGGAGAGACAACCAGCACCUCCUCGUUACUUUUUGAUAACCACCCUAACAGUAUCUAUGGCGAGUCUCGACGUACUACUCCAUUCUCCAGCUUUUCUUCCUUCAGUGAUCAGUAUCAUUCUACUACCACUUUAGCGGUUGGAAGUAUAACAAGUGCAAUUUACGAAGAGAACAGUUAAGCUCAAUAGCAGUUGCACUCCAUCAUCGACUCAAACAGAUGAAUUGUGAAAGCCACAUUUGCUCCUUCCCUAUUUGGAGAAAAUUACGUUUUAUUUAUUUAUGUAUUUAACAUGCAAGUCUUUUUUUUUUACCAUAUCUUAGUAUUAUAACAAAGAGGUUUACAGGUAUGUAAAGAGUUUCUAACAAGACUUCAAAUUAUCUUUUAACAUAACUGAGUGCGUACGUACUAACAAAAUUAAUAUUUUGUUUACAAUAUAUGAGUUUUUUUUCCAUGAUUAAUCUGCAUAUUUAGUUUUAUAAAGUUUAAAAAUAGUUUCUUUAGCUACAUUUUAGGUGAUGGACUUUUGUUAAAUUUUAUUUUGUGGCAUUAGUUAAUUACAGUAACUGAGUUGAUAAUAAUGGGUACUUAAAUGUAUCCAGUUUGACAUCUUAACGAGAUGGAGACAUUGAACCUUUGUUAAAGGUACAUAUUUCUUCUUUCAUUAAUUAUUCUUAAAUACUUUUUUAGAAGCCACUGCCUAAGCAGUUGCCGACUUAUUACUGUGACCUCUCUUUAUGUAGAGCUUAUUAAGUGUUGUUCUAAACAAUCGCAUUUAUUGCAAACGCUUGUUAAAAGCUUCGUACAAUUUGGUAAUGCGAGAAAAUAUUAUGUUAGUGGUAUUAUGUAGACAACUAAAAUCUUGCUAUAACAAUGUCAUCGUGUUUCUUGUAGAUAAUAAGGAUUUGAUUUAAUGCCAUUUUUUAUUUUAUAGAUUCAUUAUUUAUUUGUUGCCCGACGUUUAUAAGUUAGUAAAUAAGGUUUAAUUUAAUGCCAAAAUAAGUUUAUCAAUGAAAUUUUUUUUUUCUUCGUUUAAUAAAAUUUUAUUCUUUUUAAUGAAGAAAGGUUCAACUUAUACAGGAUACUAUUGAGAAAAAAUACCUGUGAUAUUUACUUCCAAAAUGAAAGUUUAAUAAAUACUUCUUAUUUUUGGUUUUUAAGGAGAUAUUUCCUUUGUCUUUAUGAUGAUAAUUAAACUAGUGAUAGAAACUAUCCAUUAGAAUUAUUAAAAUGUCAUAUGCUCAAAAUAUAAAUAUACAUGUGAAUAAAGAAGAAAAAAUGUGUAUACACGCACUUAUAUAAGUCUUAGCUCUCACUCACUUAAGCCCUGGUUCAAAUCCUCAUCACCAAACAUGCUCAUCCUUUCAGUCGUAGGGUUGUUAUAAAGUUACUGUCAAUCCUACUAUUCGUUAGUAAAAGAGUAGCCCAAGAGUUGGCAGUGUGUGUGGUGUUGACUAG